AUGGCGCCCCCAAACCGCGACGGUCGUCCCGCCUCACGAGAUGGCGAAAGCAGUCGUAACCCAACAUCAAAGCGUGUCAAGCGGACCGAGUCUGACGAUGCUGCGACUACCCGUCCCGAAUCUCACGAGAAGAACCCUGAAGAUUCUACGCCUGCGAUUGCAACUCCAGCGCGCAGGAUCACGUCUCAAACUGCGCUUCCCCGUCUGGCCGCCCGUCUGAUGACGCCCACAAGGUCGUCGGCCGCCCGUUCUCAAAGCGUCAAGACCCUGAAGACCACCUCGAUGAUUUCGACCUUUGGCAAACCACCUUCUACAGUCAAAAUAGCAAAGUCAGCAUCUACAGAUCAGGCAUCAUCUCCAUCCAGUAAGCUUAGUCAGAUACGGGCUGUGAGGGAUGGUGCAAGAGAGGGUCUGCGCAAGGCAUGUAGCCAUGCUGAAUAUCAUCAGAAUCUUACUGACAUUGUAUAG